UUGGAUCUGUCACAUUUCAGAUUCUGCACAAUCUCACUAAAUCAUUUAGCUGCUGAGUACAGAAGUCGUGAAGGUUACCGGAAGUCAAUUUGAAGAGCCGGUGUCCUACUGAUCAGCAAUGUGGAGGACAACAUCCAGAGUGCCCCCAAAAAUCAAGAUCCAUGGAAGAAGAUCUACAAGUACAAAGCCACCAGUGGUUCCACAACCUCCCCUAUCAACACCAUUUGAAGCUAACCAACAACAACCACCGCCACCACCACCACCAAAACAAGGUGGAGGUUUCUUCAAGUUUCUUGGUUUGACCACCUUGGCAGCUGGUGGAGUAGUAGGGUAUGCCUGGUAUGAUUCUAACUUCAGGAAACAGAUAGAAGACAAUGUACCAUACAGUAAAGAUGCUUUUGAUGCUCUGUUUCAGUUAAUACCAACUUCAGAAACUAUUAAAAGCACAGAUAGAUCAGGUCCCCUUAUUCCAAAUAUUUCUCCUAAACCUGAAGAAGAGAGUAAAAUGAGACGUAAAGUUCCACAGUCUGAUAUUCCACCUAUGCCAGCUCCACCCAUGACUGCCCCACCCCCUGCAGCUCCCACUCCUGUUGCUGCUCCAGUAAAGUCAGAAAAAGAGAGAAAGAAAGAGGAAGCACAAAGAAAGCUGAAACAGAAGGAAGCAGAAGAAGCUGCUGAAAAUGCAGCUUUAGAAGUUUACAUAGAGAAUAUGACAGAAAUGUGUAACAAGACCAUAAAACAGGCUUUAGAAAAACAAACAGAAGUUAUCUCCACCACUAAACAACAUAUAGAGGCUCUGAAGAAAGCUAUGGACGAUGCAUCUGAGGUUUGUAUUAGUUUGUAUUACUCUAAUAUGACAGAAAUGUGUAACAAGACCAUAAAACAGGCUUUAGAAAAACAAACUGAAGUUAUCUCAACCACUAAACAACAUAUUGAUGCUCUGAAGAAGGCAAUGGACGACGCAUCUGAGAUUCUGAAUAAAGAUAGUCAGUGGCAGGAGGUAUCCUCAGCCUAUGGAGCCAGACUUGAUGCUGUUACUUCUUCUGACAGACUGGUUACUCAAGCCAGAGAACAAUUACAAAAAUUAAAGAAUGCCAUUACUGAAGGAAAAUCACAAGCAAUGACCAAAAAGAAUAAAAUUCUGAUCUCAGCACAAGAAACUUUCAACAAAUUAAACAGUGAUUUAAACAAGCAGGACACACAGGUGAAGAAGGUGGAAUCACAGUCUAAAAUGAUGUUAAAAUAUAAGGACCUUGUAGAACAAGGAAAGAAACAGUUCCAGAAGGAGUUAGAAAGUAUCAUGCCAGAGGUGAAACUAGGUCAAGCUAGAGGUAAAAAAUUAACAGAGGAAGAAUUGAAUUCUCUGAUUGCUCAUGCUCAUAGAAGGAUUGAACAGCUCCAGAAACAACUGGCUGAACAGAUAGCUCUAGAGCAACAAAGGAUUCAGCAGGCUUUAGAGCAACAAAUACAAGAGGAUGACCAACUAUCUGACCAGAGGGUGGCUAAUGAACAACAGAGACUUAAAAAUGAAUUUUUAAUACAGAAAGAAAAAUGGGAAAGUGAUUCAAGGGUUGUGUUUGAACAAGAAUUACGUCAGCAUUUAGCCAGACAAGCAGCUGCACACAGUGAUCAUUUGAAGGAUGUACUUAAAAUACAAGAAAAGGAAUUAGAGCAGGUUUUUGAGAGAGAGUUAAAUACCAAACUGAUUGAGGAGCGACAGAGCUUCCAUACUGAAGUAGCUAACUGGAUUGCUAGAUUGAGGGGGAUAGAGAGUGCAGUAGAAGGAAGGGCUGAGUCAGAGAGAGUAUCAAGAAAAGCCCAGCAGCUUUGGUUGGCAUGUGUAGCACUAAAUAAAGCUCUGAUGCAUGGGAUAGAGGAUAUAGACGUUUGGGAACUUAAGAUUAAACCACUAGCCAAUGAAAUAGCAGCUGUAUCUGAUGCAGCUGGAAAUCAUCCUUAUGUAAAAGCAAUUGUGAAAAGUAUCCCAGAGGUAUCAUACAAGAGAGGAGUGUGGACUGAUGACAGUUUGAUUGAGAGAUUUAACAAAGUCCACCGUGUGUGUCGCAGAGUUGCCAUGAUAGAUGAGACCGGUGGUGGUCUCGGAAAAUAUUUCUUAUCCUACAUUCAGUCUUUCUUUAUUUUUGAAUCUGUAUAUGCAAGAGUAACAAGUGAUGAAGUUGAACUAGACAAACUAUCUACAUACCAAAUUUUAGCAAAUGCAAAAUAUUGGAUGGAUCGAGAUGACCUUGAGAUGGCUGUUAGAUAUAUGAAUCAGCUACAAGGUGAAGCUAGGAGAGUAGCCGAGGAAUGGAUCAAGGAAUCAAAAUUGCAUUUAGAAACUAGACAAGCUACACAAGCACUCAUGGCCUUCGCAUCAGCCAGUGGUUUGGGAACAAUAUUUUAAACAUUGUAACAUUAUUUAAAUAUUUUAUAAAUUAAAAUUAUGUUUGAAAUUAUGAAAGAAAACUUUAAAAAAAAAAUAUUAAAAGAAUUUUAAAUUCUUUUGGUUGUGAAAAAAAUUGUUGAAUGUAUCAAACUUUCUUGUUUUCAGAAGUUUAAUUUUAAUCCCUGAUAAAUCUGGUAGUAGCAAAACCAAAUAAAAUAAACACAUUCAAUUAUGAAAUUUAUAUAAAAAAAACUUGAGCACUCUGACAGUACACACUUCAAAGAAUGUACACUUCAUCAUUUCAUGCAGUAUGUCCACUUUUGUGCUCUUGGUAUUUGUUUUGAUUGGCUUGAAUUUGUUUUCUUUUAAAUACAAAAUAGUUUAAAGUAAAAUAGUUUAAAUCUC